AAUCAUUUCUUGUUCGCAUUUCUGAGAACGCACAUCAGGAUGGCCUCCGUAUCACUGCCACGCAGGAAGAACCUCUCCGCGCAACAGGCUUUGGCCUUGCUUCAGGAAAUGGACGAAGCAGAUUCUGAUGGAGGAGAGGUUUCAUUUGUCCAGCAGGCCACUGAUACCUCCUCAGAAGAAUCUGAAAAGGAGACGGAACAAGAACCCAACAUGCCUCCAUGGAAGAGGCCCCGUUGUACUGGGAAGCCCAGCCAGAGCCACACAGCAAAAGACGGCACUGUGUGGGUUGAGGAGGACAUUGGAAUGCCCAGUGCAGAAGCAAAUCGUUCGUGCUUCACUGCGCAAGCUGGACCCACAGAGUCUGCUAAGCGUAAGAUUACAAGUGUGCUCCAAAGCUUCCUUUGCCUGUUAGACGUGGGAAUGCUGCAGACCAUCAGAGAGUGCACGGUACAUCAAGCCCGCAGGACAGAGCCGGACUGGAAUUUGUCAGCUCAUGAACUGAUGGCAUUCAUUUCAAUCCUGUUUAGUAACCAAGUAGUAGGGUGUGACGGACCUGUGUGCAACCAUGGGAAGGUGGACCCUCUUGGUUACCUUGACUACGACGCUCACCCUUACAGGACCCCAGCUGAUGCCAACAACAGCUGA